UAGGUGAAAAAAGGUUUUAGGAUAACAAGAACGAUUAUCCACAAAGGCAACAUGAAAGCAGAAACCUUUUCCCUGCAAAAGUGUAUAGUAAAACACACUCAUACCAAACUUUCCCUUCUUUUCUUUUUCUUAUCAUCUUUGCUCUUUUCCCGGAAAAUUCCAAAGAUCAACAGCCGCAGAAACAUCUCAUAAAUCAUGAUGAUGAAGUUCUAUACGUUCACUUUCUUAAUCUGCUUGUUCUCGAAGCUCCAAGGUCACUGCAAAUCAGAUAUCAGCCUUGGCAAUUCUCUGACGCUCACUUCUCCUCUAGAAUACACUCCAGGGUUUAUGGGGAAAGCUUAUAUCAUAGAGACAGAAUCAUCGUCAACAAGAGAACCUGGUUUUAAAGCCGCGUUAACAAUGGAAUCAAGCGACAAAGAUGAUGGAAGAUAUUUAUGUUCCCUUCAAAUUUUCCUUGGAGAUGUAAGAGUUUGGAGCUCAGGGCAUUACUCAAAGAUGUACGUUUCUAGCAAAUGCAUCAUUGAGCUCACGAAAGAUGGAGACUUGAGACUCAAGAGUAGCUAUAAACACGUUGGAUGGAGAAGUGGAACCUCAGGACAAGGCGUUGAGAGGUUGGAGAUACAAAGCACAGGGAAUCUAGUGUUGGUUGAUGCUAAGAAUCUGAUCAAAUGGCAAAGUUUCAAUUUCCCAACAGAUGUGAUGUUGAGUGGUCAGAGACUAGACGUGGCUACGCAACUAACUUCAUUCCCAAAUGACUCGACUCUGUUCUAUUCCUUUGAAGUCUUACGCGACAAGAUUGCUCUGUUCCUAAAUUUGAACAAGCUCAAGUACUCUUACUGGGAAUACAAGCCUAGAGAGAAGAACACAACGGUCAACUUCGUGAGACUAGGGUUAAAGGGUCUUGACCUAUUCGACGAUAACAGUCGCAUAAUCGGAAGAAUAGAGCAACCGUUGAUCAGAUUCUUGGCGCUUGGAAACAGAACCGGUAAUUUAGGACUCUAUUCGUAUAAACCGGAAAAGGGAAAGUUCGAGGCAACGUUUCAAGCUGUGAGCGACACUUGUGAUCUUCCUGUAGCGUGUAAACCAUAUGGAAUCUGUACAUUCUCAAAGUCUUGUUCUUGCAUUAAGGUUGUAAGCAAUGGAUAUUGCAGCAGCAUCAACGGGGAAGAAGCUGUUUCAGUGAAGAGGCUAUGUGAUCAUGAGAUGGUUGAGCUAAAUGGAGUCACUACAGUGCUAAGAAACGGGACACAAGUGAGAAACAUAAGCAAAGAAAGAUGUGAAGAGUUGUGUAAGAAAGAUUGUGAGUGUGGAGCUGCGAGUUACUCUGUUUCUGAAGAGAGUUGUGUCAUGUAUGGGAUAGUGAUGGGUGUUAAACAGAUUGAGAGAGUUAGUGGAUUGAGUUAUAUGGUGAAGAUUCCUAAAGGAGUGAGAUUGAGUGAUGAGAAAUCUAAUGUGAGAAAAUGGGUGGUGGGAUUAGUUGGAGGUAUUGAUGGUUUUGUGAUUUUGUUGCUUAUUUCUGGAUUUGCUUUUUAUUUCAUUCGGAAGCGACGGAAAAGCUUGUUACUGCCGCCACCGCCACCGCCACCUCCACCGCUAUCGCAGCAGCCGGCUAAUACCGAUUCUUGAUAGUUCUGUUUUUGGAUAUUUCAGAUUAACUUGUGUCUUACAAGAAUACAUGUAAACAUUGAUACCGUUUAUAGCGAAAACCGUUGCUUUACAUCGAACAUUGUAAAAGCCUAAAGAAAAUUUAUUGAUUAAUGUUUCUGAGGAUUUUGAAGGUAA